GAGCUGAGGCCAGGGAGCCAGUGGAGCGCACGAGGGGCCCCAUGGACCUGCCCCCGCAGCUCUCCUUCGCCCUCUAUAUGGCCGCCUUCACGCUGGGCUUCCCGCUCAACGCCCUGGCCAUCGCAGGCGCCGUGUCCCACGCCCGGCUGCGCCUCACCCCCAGCCUGGUCUACGCCCUCCACCUGGGCUGCUCUGACCUCCUGCUGGCGACGUCUCUGCCCCUGAAGGCGGCGGAGGCCCUGGCCGGGGGAGCCUGGCCCCUGCCGGCCUCACUCUGUCCUGCCUUCGCCCUGGUCCACUUCGCUCCGCUCUAUGCGGGCGCGGGCUUCCUGGCCGCCCUGAGCGUCGGCCGCUACCUGGGCGCCGCCUUCCCCUUGGGCUACCAAGCUGCCCGGCGGCCGCGCUAUUCCUGGGGCGUGUGUGUGGCCAUAUGGGCCCUUGUCCUCUGUCACCUGGGGCUGGUCUUUGGGUUGGAGGCUCCGAGAGGCCGGCUGGACAAUACCAGCUCCCUGGGUAUCAGCACGCCAGUGAACGGCUCUCCAGUCUGCCUGGAGGCCUGGGACCCGGCCUCGGCGGGCCCUGCGCGCUUCAGCCUCUCUCUGCUGCUCUUCUUCCUGCCCCUGAUCGUCACGGCCUUCUGCUACGCGGGCUGCCUCCGGGCACUGGCCCGCUCGGGCCUGAGCCACAGACGGAAGCUAAAGGCGGCCUGGGUGGCCGGUGGGGCUCUGCUCACAUUGCUGCUCUGCUUGGGACCCUACAAUGCUUCCAACGUGGCUGGCUUCCUGCACCCCAGCAUCGGAGGCUGCUGGCGGAAGCUGGGGCUCAUUACAGGCGCGUGGAGCGCGGUGCUCAACCCCCUGGUGACCGGCUACUUGGGAGGGAGCACUGGCCGGGGGACAACACGUGGGGCAAAAACAAAAGGGGGGCCACCCCAGAAGUAGUCGUUACUGCAGGGGGCAAGGGGCAGGGAGCAGCAGAGCCAGACUGCGUCUCCGGGCGC